UCUUUCUUUCUUCUUCCCUUCCCUGCUCUGCUCUUCAUUGCAACUCCCGCAAACACCUUCCAACUCUCUCUCUCUCUCUCUCUCACUCUGCAAUUCAUACCAUAUGCACUCUCCUUCAUUACACAAUCUUUUCCUGUUGAUGAAUUGAAAUACCAAAUGCAUGCUACCUCUUUCACACCAACCAACAAUCUUCUCAAAUUGGAAACAAAUGUUCUAUUGACCAUGUUUGUGGCACCUCCUGAGCUUUAGAAGACAUGGGAAAGGAAUCCUCCCUGGAACUUCCUCUUUCUUGUUGUUUUUAAUAUAAUAUUCAGGCUGCGUUUGAUUUGCAUUUUGUAUGGUGUAGGGAUUUUAAUUUCAUGGUGAUGGAGGAGGAAUGACGAGUAUUUGAUCAUGGAAGAUGGUGCCUUCACGCCUAACACCAUGCUGUCGGAGUCGGACAGCCCUAUUGAUUUCAAUCUCAUGGAUCAACUCUUGUAUGAUGGAUUCUGGUUAGAGACUACUGAUGAAUCCAGCUUUUGGCACCCUUGUCCUACUUCUACUACUACUUCAACCGAUUUUACUUCAUCUUCCUUCGUCUUCCCUACUUCACACACUAAUAUACACACUUCAAAUACCACUCCACAUCAGGACACUUCCUUAAAACAAUCCCACAAAUCAGUUACUUUUGGUCCGCCAUCUCUUACUUACCCAUUAAUGGACGAUUUUUCUCAAAAUCAUCAACCCUCCCUUCCUUUAGUUUCUUCAAACCAAUCCACAAACUUUCUGGUCCAGGACACUCAAGUUAGCAGAAGGUUGUGGGUCGGACCCAACACAAGUCCAAUCCGCAAUGUCUCGCUAAAGAAGAGAUUGGUGCAGGCUAUCAACCACCUGAAAGAUUCUAUAAGGGAUAAGGAUGUCCUUAUUCAGAUCUGGGUCCCUGUCAAGAAAGGAGGCAGGCAAGUCCUCACAACGAAUAAUCAACCGUUUUCACUUAAUCCCAACUGCAAGAAUCUUGCAGAUUACAGGGAUGUUUCCCGCAGUUAUCAGUUUGCAGCAGACGAGGGCUCUAAGGAGUUUACUGGAUUGCCUGGACGUGUUUUCUUGAACAAGUUGCCUGAAUGGACGCCGGACGUUCGUUUUUUCAAAAGAGAAGAGUAUCCACGUGUGAAUCAUGCUCAACAGUAUGAUGUUAGAGGAUCACUUGCACUUCCAGUUUUUGAACAGGGGAGUGGUAAUUGCUUGGGGGUUGUUGAAAUCGUGACAACUAGUCAGAAAGUGAAUUAUCGCCCUGAACUUGAAAAUGUCUGCAAAGCGUUAGAGGCUGUUGAUUUGAAGAGUUCUGACAUUCUGAAUCCUCCCAACAUAGAGGACCGCAACGAAUCUUACCAAGCUGCACUUAUGGAGAUCAGAAAUGUCCUGAAAUGUGUCUGCGAUACCCAUAAGUUGCCUUUGGCACAGACGUGGGCUCCUUGUGUUCAACAAGGUAAAGGUGGCUGCCGGCACUCAGACGAGAAUUACACACAAUGUGUUUCAACAGUCGACACUGCCUGUUAUGUCGCUGAUCAACAAGUUUCUACUUUUCAUGAGGCAUGUUCUGAGCACCACUUGCUCAAAGGCGAAGGUGUUGCUGGCAAAGCUUUCCUAACAAAUCAACCGUGUUUUGCUGAGGACAUAACAGCUUUUAGCAAGACAGAGUAUCCUCUCGCACAUCAUGCUCGGGUGUUUAACUUGUGUGCUGCUGUAGCAAUACGACUCAGAAGUACAUAUACUGGGGCAGCUGAUUUUGUUUUAGAACUCUUCUUGCCGCUAAAUUGCAAAGAUGUUGAAGAUCAGAGGUGGAUGCUUGACUCAUUAUCAUCUGUUAUACAACGAACUUGCCAGAGUUUACGUGUAGUUACGGAUCAGGAGUUGGCUCGGGAAACAUCAGGCAGAGGAAUAGCUGGUAAAUCAGAUGGUGAGAAUCACCCAAGGUUGGUAACUUCUCCUUCCGAAGAACCAUCUCCUGUUGCUUCGUCUUGUAUCAGGCACGUGGUCGAUUCCCAGCACAAGGGAAAACGAAUUGCUGCUUCUUUGGGUCAUCACAAAGAGGAACUGGGGGAAUUCAAGGUGACAACCCAAUGGGAUAACUCAGGGUCGGACUUCCAUUAUUCGCCAGCUUUUUCAGAGCAUGAGCAGCCCCAGCAGGACUCGGGACCUAAACCAAGUGGUGAUGUUACUGGAAAUUUUUUCUUGGCUGGUGGGGAUCUUCCUGUAGGUCCUAAAACAAAUCCUGAGAAGAGAAGGACAAAGAUUGAGAAGACUAUUAGCCUGCAAGUACUUAGGAAGUAUUUUGCGGGGAGCCUAAAAGAUGCUGCCAAGAACAUUGGAGUGUGUCCGACUACCUUGAAAAGAAUAUGCAGGCAGCACGGAAUAACUCGAUGGCCUUCUAGAAAGAUCAAGAAAGUUGGUCACUCAUUGAGGAAGCUUCAACUUGUGAUAGAUUCAGUACAAGGUGCUGAGGGUUCUAUUCAGCUGCAGCCACUUACAAAUGUCAGAGAUAAUGAUCAGCUGCAACAGGUGAAUACCCAGCCUGUAGGCACCUUGAUAAGUCCUGUAACCACUGCUUCAAAAUCACCUUCUUCCUCUGGCAGCCACAGUUCAAGUUCAAGUUACUGUUGUUCUACUGGGGUGAAGCAGUCAUCUUUCCCUGUAACUGGAUCCAGUAGUGGAGAAGCUUUAUCAGCAGAACACACUGGAGAGAUGCUAAAGAGAGCACGUAGUGAUGCAGAAUUGCAUGACUUGGGCCAAGAGGAAACAAAGCUUUUAGUUCGAUCAUACAGCCAUAAGAUUUUCAGUAACCAUGCUCCCAAUGAGACUCCACAGGUGCCUAAAAAUAGCAGCAAGGUAUAUGAUGUGGGUAUGUUUAGAGUAAAAGCUACUUUUGGGGAAGAAAAGAUCCGUUUGAGUCUGCAACAACACUGGGGUUUCAUAGACUUACAGCAAGAGGUCUUUAGGCGUUUUAACUUAGACACUAAAAGCAGUAGAUUUGAUCUAAAAUAUCUGGACGAUGACUCAGAGUGGGUGCUUUUGACUUGUGAUGCUGAUCUUGAAGAAUGUAUAGAUAUACACAGAUCGUCCAAGAACCGAACAAUUAAACUGUCCCUCAAUCAAGUCUAUAAUCCAAGUCUCGGAAGCUCAUUUGGUAGUAAUGGCCCAUAUUAAAGGUGACUUUUACAACAAAAUAAGUAUGUUUCUUGUGUCUUGAAGUUGGAUCACUUCAAAGGGAUGACAAGCUGUUUUUGUUCCCUCCUUAACGGGUGUCAGAAAGUUCAGGACGUAGUAAUGCUUGCUCAAUGAAUGGCUAUGUUUACAGCCAUCUGCCAUAUUUGUAGAUCAGUUGAAGUGGGACAGGUAUUGUAGCGCUAUCUUUUUUGGGUGCUAAGGUCAGAUUUAUUUUGGAGUGUUCUUCUCGUUUGUAUAAUUAUUUGUAGUAACGUCAUUGACACAUUUACGUACCAUACUAUGUACAAAGAUUUCCAUUAA